AUGACUUUCACCCUCAACCUCUUUGCUAUUUCUUCUUUAGUGACUAUAUUUGCAUUGGUCUCAUCAGCUUCUAUGGUUGAGUCUAGAUCACUCUUUGACCCCUCUUCAAGCCUUGCAUUUCGUUUGAAGCUUGAGGAUGAUCCCUCCAACUGUUGGGAUUCACUAUGGAAGAUCCAAGCAUGCAGUGGCGAAAUUGUGACAUUUUUUCUUAAUGGCGAGACCUACCUUGGACAAGGUUGCUGCCGUGCAAUUAGGGUUAUUGGACAUGAUUGUUGGCCCAACGUUGUUGCUUCUCUAGGAUUCACCGACCAAGAGACUGAUAUAUUGGAGGGUUAUUGUGACGAGGUUGUUCUUCAUUCACCUCCACCACCACCAUUGGAAUCUAUAGUUGAUCCAAAAUAUUAA